CCAUUCCUUAAUGUUGUAACUUGUUUCCUUUUUCAGGCUUCAGAAAAGUAAAAAAAGAGGCUGUCCUCCGGAAAGAAGUAAUUGAAGUGCAAAAUGAAAACUAACUUUUUGCUGGUCUUUGGACUGAUUACUGAAAUGUACAUAUCGAAUGGAAUAGCAGAAAAUUCAGGAGUGGAGGUACCACAGAGCGUAAUGUUAAAUCUCUUCCCUUUCAAUGAUUCUGAUAAACAAUAUCCACACGAUACUACUCAAGAAUCAUCUACAGAAAGCCCUUCACCAUUAGUCUCUUUGCACAAUUUCACAGAAAAGAUUAACAAUUUUGGAUUCAAUCUCUACAGGAAAAUAGCACUGCAGCAUGACAACAAUAUCUUCUUCUCCCCACUAUCACUAUCUUUUGCUCUAGCAAUAUUCAUGUUGGCUUCCGAAGGGGAAACCCACCACCAAAUAAGUCAAUCUUUAAAUCUUUCAUUUAUGAAAGAAAAAGAUGAACAGUUUCUGACUUUGUUCCAACAACUAAGGCUUAACAUCACCCAAAAUGAAGAGUUCACUCUUUCGCAGAAUAGCUUCUCUUUCAUCCAGGAAGAAUUUCAGAUCAAGGAUGCUUUCCAUAACUUGUCCAAGCAAUACUUUGACAUGGAUUUUUUGACAGUUGAUUUCCGCAACUCUACUCUUGCCAAAAAAAUUGUCAAUGAGCACAUUAAAAAGAACACAAGAGGAGAGAUCCCUACACUGUUUCAUGCUUUUGAUCAGCAUGCUAAAAUUAUUCUACUGAAUUACAUACUAUUUCAAGGCAAAUGGCUACAUCCAUUUUCUGCUAAAUUUACAGAGCUGGAAACUUUCUAUAUAGACAAUUACAGGACUGUUCAAGUGCCAAUGAUGUUCAAAACAGACAGGAUUGCCUCCAUGUUUGAUAAAGCCUUGCAGUGUUAUGUGAUAAAGCUGCCAUACAAAGGAAGUGUGCAGAUGCUGAUUGUUUUGCCUGUGAAGGGAGCUGAUUAUAUGUUUGUUGAAGAUGAUCUAAUCAAUGAACGUGUGGAAUCUUGGCUUCAGACCAUGAAGAUCAGGAAAAUGGAUAUUUACUUUCCAAGCUUCAAACUAGAUCAGACAUAUCACAUGGAUCAGCUGCUUCAGGAUUUGGGAAUUAAAGAUCUUUUCUCUUAUAAAGCAGACCUAAGCCAUCUCACAGAUCAUAAAUUUGUAAAAAUAUCACAGAUUCUUCAAAGAGCAAGGAUUGAGGUGGAUGAGAAAGGAACAGAAGCUGCAAGUGUCAGUGGAUCAGAAAUCAUGGCAUACUCUUUGCCUAAUAUUAUGCGGAUAAAUCGGCCAUUCAUUUUUAUGAUAUAUGAAGAAAUUACCAAGAUUUUAUUGUUUUUGGGCAGAGUUACUAACCCUACAGAACUGUGAAUUAAACAAAACCUAGUAAUUUC